AUUCUCUUCAUCCUCACCACUCUUACCUUUCUGGUUACAGCACUAUCAGACCCUGGUGUAGUUCCGCCUUUAGAAGUGUGUGCGUUCGCUUCCAUACCAUCUUUUUACCAAAUCGUCAGCUACGCCUUAUACGUGAACACUGUACUGGACUUGGACACAGCUCGGGAUUUUUCCACUGGUCACGAUGUGCGUUUCUGUACUACGUGUAAAAUCUACCGUCUCGAAGGGUGGAGUCAUUGUUCUGAGUGCGGGUACUGUAUCCGUGGUUUCGAUCACCACUGUGCGGUGGUGAACAAUUGCAUUGGGCUGCGGAACCGGAGGGCCUUCGUAC